AUGGCUGUGCCACCCUCCACCCAUCCCCGUCGCCUCCUGCCCCUCUUUCUGGGGCUGUUCCAGGGCGCCCUGCUCCUCUUCUUUGCCCUCUUCGUCACCUAUGAGGAGCCCUCGGCGCAGGCAGAGGAUACCAGCUUGGUGGCCUACCAGGUCUACAGCACCUUCCCCUUCUUCCAGGACAUCCAGGUGAUGCUGGUGGUGGGGCUGGGACUCCUGCUGACCUUCCUGCCCCGCUAUGGGUUCAGCGCCCUCACCCACAUCUUCCUCCUGCUCAACUUCUCCAUGCAGUGGGCGCUGGUGCUGCAGGGCCUGCUGCACCACUUCCACCACGGCCAGAUCCACCUGGACCUGCACAAACUCCUCCUGUCUGUGUUCGCUGCUGUGACAGUGCUCAUCUCCGUGGGGGCCAUCCUGGGGAGGGCCAGCCCCUGCCAGCUGCUCCUCAUGGCCACCUGUGAGAUUCCCCUGUACCUGGCCACCGAGUGGGUCAUUGUCACCUGCCUGGGCGUUCAGGAUGUGGGUGGCACCAUCACCAUCCACGUCUUCUCCUGCUACUUCGGCCUUGGUGUGUCCAAGACUCUGUUCAGGGCAACACAGCAGCCACUGCACCCCAAGGAGACCCCAACAACCAGCUCUGACCUCAUGUCCCUGGUGGGGACGCUCAUCCUCUGGGUUUUCUGGCCCAGCUUCGUGGCUGUCCUCUGCCAGCCGGGUGAUGCCCAGCACCGUGCCAUCCUAAACACCCUCCUGGCCAUGAGUGCCAGUGCCAUAACCACCGUGGUGGCCUCCAGCCUGCUGGACAGGGACGGCAAGCUCAGCCCCGGCCACCUGCAGAACGGCAGCCUGGCCGGUGGGGUGGCCAUCGGCGUGCUGGCCGACAUGGCCGUGCCCCCCGCGGCCGCCCUGGCCCUGGGCAGCCUCUCGGCCGUGCUGUGUGUCCUCGGCUUCAGGUUCCUCACCCCGCUCCUGGCGAGGAAACUCACGCUCCACGACCAGUGCGGCAUCCACAACCUGCACGGCUUGCCCGGCAUCCUCGGUGCCGCAGCCAGCGUCGUGGCCGUGCUGCUGUCCCCCGCUGGGGGCAAUGCCAGCGAGGCGGUGCUGGAGGGGCAGUGGGGGUCCCGGGGGGUGGGUGUGCAGGCGCUGUGCCAGGCGGGGGGGCUGGCGGUGGCCGUGGGUGCCUCGCUGCUGGCCGGGCUGCUCGCCGGGAGCGCCCUCCGGCUGCCCUGCCUGGCCCGGCCGCCCGAGCGCCUCUGCUUCGAGGAUUCGCUGUAUUUUAAGAUCCACGAUCAGGCUGAGAGCCCGGGGCCAGACUGCAGCCCUGAGGAAGGAGCCCUGGCUCUGAAGGAGCAAGUUUAG